AUGGGGUUGGCCAUGGAAACGGCCGCUGACAGAGCAACGCCACCAGAAGAAAUAGCAAACAAAGCGCAGCUGUCAUCCAGUCGCUCAUCCGCUGAACGGCCCGCGUCCGACACCAUCGGUUCUUACCUGGUUAAACAGGCCUCUGGUGCUGCUGCUAUGCUCAAUCGCUUGAGGAAGCCUCGGCCGCAUUCCACAUCCGAGAAAUCACGCUUUGUCUUCAAAAUUCAACAAGACGAUUCCAUAGGCCGCCUAUCGUUGGAUGCAGAUCCGAGACGAGCCACAAGAGCAUCGAUCGAUGACAGUCCACAACGAACGACGCCGACACCGAUCCACUCACUGUACGCGAGGAACAUGGGGGGCACUUCUGCGUUAGAACAUCAACAAAACGGCAGCAAACCUCUACCCUCACUCCCGACUUCCCCUUCGGCGCAACUAUCCCCUGGACAUUGCCAGAGAAUGGCCUCGACUAUUCGUUCUGUGCCGAACCACGACAGCAGGCCCUCGUACGACGAAGACGGAGACUCGACAGAGUGGUCCGCCCGGAAUUCCGCGUCGGCGUUUUCCAGCUCUCUUCAGAGCGAAUACAGUACCGUAUCUUCGAGUUCACCGCAUACGUCACAAACAAACGGUGGCAGCGAAUCGUCGCCAAACCCCAAAACGAAAAAUAGCCAGAACACACCGACAGCGGCGCACCUGGCGGCACCAAAUCAGCAUCAAAAGCUCAAACAGGCAUCGAGAACACCAAGCCCGGACAGCAGGGGUAGCGUUGAAGUACCAAGGAGGGAAAGUAGUUUGGGGGUUACAGAUCAUUCAUAUUUACGCCGGAACGUCGGGUUAAGCACAAGCCCAAGCAACGGAAACGCGUCAAAAAUGGGCCGACAGGAGUCCUCCGAAGAGGUUGGGUGGGAUUCAACGGUGGGAAAGGCAGCCCUGAGCGGGAAGACGGGCAGGGUCAUCAACAAACUGGUCUCGGACAACGAGUCGCUGAAGCGGGAUAUACAGAUAGAAAAGCUCAAGGCGGAGGAGUCAAGACAGGCAGCUCGGUUACUGGAGGACAAAAUGGAGCGAAUGGCGGCCGAGUACGAAAGCCGUCUGCUAGACGCCAACAUCACAAAGACCCUCCUGACUAAAAAGGAACGCAAGGUCGAAAGCUUACAAGCAGCCGUAGAGCUCGAGAAGCAACGGACAGCCGACGCACGGGAUAAGGAACGGACCUGGCGUGAGGAGAUGGACAAGGUGCGCGGUGAUUCAAAGCGGACCGUCGAACAGGCAACGACACAUGCGGCGCUGAUGGAGGGUCGUUACAACGCCAUUAGCAGCCAUUGGCGCGAGCAAGGGGAGGAGGUCGAGAAAGCACUCUCACGGGUGCGCAAGGAGAUGGCGCAACUGCUCAAGGAGCGGGCACUCGACGACGACAAGAUCAAUACCCUCCGUGAGCUUUGCGAUCAGCAGGACGGCAAUAUUAGAGAACUCCGUCGGCAGAACGAGUCCAUCGGGGCAAAGUUUGCCGAGUACAAGGCGACGCAAGAGGAGGCGCUACGGGACAUCAAGACCAAGGCGGCGCAGCGGGAGGAGGAGCAGACGAGACAGCUCGAGGAAGCCAGAGAUGUGCUGCAUAAGCUCAAAUGGGCGCUGCAGGUCAAGGAGAACGUAAAGGGUGCGCAAUGAACAAAUAUCAAAAGAUACCGAACAAUGAGUUCAUUGGUGGUCCACACCCUGCGUAUAUAAGAUGAGCUGCGAGACCCGUUUUCUACGUACGGGCAAGGCAAGGCAGCAUACAAGAAGCUACUGACAACGGUGCUUGGCAUACCAUGAAUGUGGUGCAUUUGCCACACCCAUGAUAUCGGGGAAUUACCUUUCUUUUCUUCCUUCUAUGAAAAAUUGGCGUUACUUUUUUUUUAUCCCUAUUAUUUCGAGGUACAUAUUCGCGAUUCCAGAAGACAGGCUGUUUGUUUUAUAGAUAUUUCGAUGGUUGUUCCUCGACAACAACCUACCAAACGCACUCUCUUUUUGCUCUCCUCCUUGGGCUCCUUUCUUUUUUUUUUUUUUUUUUGGUGUACUACGACGGCGUUUCACACUUCGGUUCAAAUUUGUCGACAAAACAACAAAUAUCAUACUGGGUUCAUUCUAGAAAAGACGCGUCAGGGCCAUGACUCCUGA